AAUAAUUGCAGGAUUUUCUUUCCUGUGGUAUUGCAGUAGCAUUUGCAGUGUUUGAUUCCUGUAGUAUCGCAGUAGUAUUUGCAGUAUUUGAUUUCUGCAUUAUUGCAGUAGUAUUUGCAGGAGUUUGUUUCCUGUAGUAUUUCAGUAAUAUUUGCAGUGUUUGCUUCCUGCAAUAUUUCAGUAGUAUUUGCAGUAUUUUGUUUCCUGCAGUAUUGCAGUAGUAUUUGCAGUAUAUGUACUCUGAGUGUCACAGUCACAUUUGAUUUUUUUCAGUCAAAGGGAAAAUUGAGGAAAUGAAAAAGUUGAGAAAGAAACAGAAGCACAAGUUUGUCUUUUCUUCCAAACAUGAUGAAGACACUGUUCCUGAUCUCUGUCUUUUUUUAUCGUUGUGAAAAAUGCGGAAAUGACGAAGCUGAGAAAGAAACAACAGCAGAAGUUUUCUUUCAACCUCUCGUCUGAACACUAUGAAGACACUGUUCCUGAUCUCAGGUGCGGCUGUGCUGCUGCUGUGUGAAACGACUGUUUGUGCAGUGUCCAUCCUCAUCAGUCCAAACCUGCAGCAGUUCCUCCGUAGGCAGUCCAUCAGUCUGUCCUGCUCCCGAGGCGGACUCUCAGUGGAUGAGGGGUCCGUAGUGAUGAGGACAGCACGUGGACAGACUCAAACGUGUGGUCCAGGCUUCGGAUUGCUUGUUGGUUCCUCCUGUAAGAUCUCAGACCUCCUUGAUUCAGACACUGGAGAUUAUUGGUGUCAAACCGGUGAUGGACUGAAGAGUGACAUCAUCUCCAUCAUUGUCACUGUUCCUCCAUUUCUGGAGAUUCCUGCACUUCCUGUGGUGGCAGGAAGUAAUGUCAUUCUGCGCUGUAUGGGUGAAAACGGCUCCAGCUUCCCCGCAGAUUUCUACAAGGGCAUUCAAAAAGUUGGAUCAGGACCAGAAUCUGGAUUUACCAUCUCUAACGUCCAGAAGUCGGAUGAAGGUUUUUUCUCGUGUCAUGUCACUCUGUCUGGGGAAUCUUCACAGAGCAAGCUGAGGGUCAUAGCAUCUCCCCAUGUCGUCUCAGGUGUCUCCCCCCAGGUGGUAGCAGCUGUGGUCUCUCUGGUUGUGUUGGUUCUGCUGGUUCUGCUGCUCGUUGGAGUUCUGCUGCUGUGGAGGAAACAAACAGGAAAGAAGACGUCACCUCCUUCAGGAGAAAUCACGUAUGCUGACAUCACCAUCAACCGGCCAACCAAGACAAGAGAUGACGUGGCAGGACUGUGA